AUUCUUGAUCCCCUGUAGUGCUGACAGAGCUCUAUGAGGCUAAAAUUGAACGGAGUAAUGUGCUCAGGGUCUUACCUCUGACAAAAAUCAGAAUACCUCUCUUUUUCGUUCGGAAAACGGGAUAGUAAACAGACGCCAUCAUCAUGAGCACCAUGUUUGCAGACACGAUUCUGAUCGUGUUCAUCUCUGUUUGUACAGCGCUGUUAGCCGAAGGGAUUACGUGGGUUUUAGUGUAUCGUACUGAGAAGUAUAAGAGGUUAAAGGCUGAAGUGGAAAAACAAAGCAAAAAACUUGAGAAGAAGAAGGAAACCAUCACAGAAUCCGCAGGACGUCAACAAAAGAAGAAAAUUGAAAGGCAAGAAGAGAAACUGAAGAACAACAACAGAGACUUGUCAAUGGUGCGCAUGAAAUCCAUGUUUGCCAUAGGCUUCUGCUUUACAGCCUUGAUGGGCAUGUUCAACUCUAUUUUUGAUGGAAGAGUGGUGGCAAAAUUGCCAUUUGUGCCACUUUCCUACAUCCAGGGACUGUCACAUCGCAAUCUGCUGGGCGAGGAUUACACUGACUGCUCCUUUAUCUUCCUCUAUAUCCUCUGCACCAUGUCCAUCAGACAGAACAUCCAGAAGAUGCUCGGUCUCGCUCCCUCCAGAGCUGCAACUAAACAGGCCGGAGGCUUCCUGGGACCUCCUCCUCAGGCUGCAAAGUUUUCCUAAUCACCAGAGAUUUAUCGGAGACGUUCCUGCAAUAAGUGCAAAGUCACAGCUCCUUCAUCAGAGUGCAGACAGAACUGCUCCUGCAGCAAACAAGCGUGUUCUCUGUUGCAGCUAAUGUAUUAUUACCAACUUCAUUAUCCUUCAUGUUUUGUUUAUUUAACUUUGUAACAUUUGUGUAAAAUUUGAAAAUUGGAGGAAGAGAAGUUGUUCUUAAUUAUUUUAAUCACCAAAGGAUAUAAAGCCCACCUUGUGUUCAUACAUUUUUGGGAAUUUUAGACAUUAAUUGGCACAGUAAGAUCUGAUUCAUUUGGCAGUAUUAUUGUGCAUCAAUGUCUGUUUCCUUAUUACUUACAUAUUAAUAAAGUUUUAUGACUACA